GUGGGAACAAUGCCAGUCAUCAGGAGCCUGAGUCGAGCAGUCAGGCAGGUGCUGCAGAGACCUGGCUGCGGCUGCCAGGUUGCUGUCGUUCCGGUGAGGUGUCUUGGUUUCUCACCCCGGCAAGUAACCUCAGAUGCCAGCUUUCAUUCUGUAUCUUUCUCAGAAACAGAUCACCCCAGAGUAUUAAUUACAGGGGGACUAGGUCAGCUUGGAGUAGGACUUGCUAAACUCUUGCGAAAACGCUUUGGGAAGAACAAUGUGAUCCUGUCAGAUAUUAGAAAGCCACCUGACAAUGUCUUCUAUAGUGGUCCUUUUAUCUACUCUGACAUUUUGGACUACAAGAACCUGCGUGAGAUAGUAGUGAACAACCGGAUUACAUGGCUGUUUCAUUAUAGUGCUUUGCUCAGUGCUGUGGGAGAAGCCAAUGUCCCUUUGGCAAGAUCUGUAAAUAUCAAUGGAUUGCACAACAUUCUUGACAUUGCUGCUGAACACAACUUGCGACUCUUUGUACCCAGCACAAUUGGAGCAUUUGGACCCACCUCCCCUAGAAACCCAACCCCUGAUCUCUGCAUCCAAAGGCCCAGGACAAUCUAUGGUGUCUCCAAAGUUCAUGCUGAGCUCAUGGGAGAAUAUUACCAUUACAGGUAUGGGCUGGACUUCCGGUGCCUAAGAUAUCCUGGCAUUAUCUCAGCUGAUUCCCAGCCUGGUGGGGGAACAACUGACUAUGCUGUCCAAAUCUUCCAUGAUGCUGUGAAAUCUGGCAAGUUCCAGUGCAACCUAAAGCCAGACACACGCCUCCCAAUGAUGUACAUCAGUGACUGCCUGAGAGCUACCUUGGAGGUCAUGGAGGCACCUGCCGAGUUGCUUAGCAUGAGGACAUACAACAUUGGAGCCAUGAGUUUUACUCCUGAGGAGCUGGUUCAAGAGGUCCAGAAGCAUAUUCCAGAACUUGAAGUUUCCUACAACGUGGAUGCAGUCAGACAAGCCAUUGCUGACAGCUGGCCCAUGGUUUUUGACGACAGCAAUGCACGCCGAGACUGGGGAUGGAAACAUGAUUAUGACCUUCCAGAGCUAGUGACUACAAUGUUCAACUUCCUGGGCUCUGCAUCCUGUGUUACCAAGAUUGCCCAGGCCAACUGACCCU